CGCUAUGGCUGCUAAAGUUGAUUGGUGAAAUACGGUAAAUGCAUCUUAUUGUGAAUAAAUAUAAGUAAAUUUGUUUUCUAAAUGAAUUUUGGUGAUGUUUCUCAAAGAAGUCAGUUUGAUAAAUUAAAUCAAAUCGUAUUAUGGAGACCAAAAAGAAAUACUCUUGGGAAUAUUUAGAUAAUUGUUCCUACAGAGCAUUGCAACAAAUUGCCAAAUCCUUGUAUUUGCCCUGCAAUUUUAAAAAAAUAUAUCUAAAGGAGCUUAUACUUGCCAAAAAUGUGAAAACUGAGAAAGAAUUGAAUGAAAGAAUUAAUUAUAUCAAAUUGGAACGUAAAAAUCAAGCUGGUAGAAAAACAACAUCCCGAAGGAAGACAAGUUCAGAAAAAUCAAAUUUAAAGGACAAACAAAAACCCAAAAAUCAGAACAAGUCAAUGCUCUCCCCAUCCAUAACUGUAACACCAAAACGCACCUACAUACCAAGGCGUUCAAGUCCACGUUUUAAGAAUUUAUUCAUUCGAUAUAGACCGAAAAGUCUUAUCGGUAGAAGCGCAUCACCUAAAACAUAUUCAUCACCAAGAAAUAAAAACAAAGUACAAAAGAAGAUUAAGCACGAGCAAGAUGAAAGAAAGAUAAAGAAAGAGCAAAUUUGUGAAAUAAAUAACACAAAUGAUUAUAAUUUAAACAAUGAUAUAACUCCUAUUGUUAUACAAAAGGAAUUCAAUCCUGUAGAAGAAGAUUUAGUAAAUAUUUAUGAAGUGAUACCACCACCAAUAAAGACAAGAAUAAUGAAUAUAAUCUAUCCUUCAACAAGUCAGGGAUCAUAUUUUGAGGAACAUAUAAAAAAUGUAUCCAAUAUACGUGAACUUGUAUCAGCUAAUCAAAGUAACGAAGUCUAUCCUAAAAUAGAAAAUAAUUCAAUGUUAAAUGAAAAUACACCGGGAUUUAUGGAUAGAAUAAAUAAUUAUAUUAAUAGAUUUACACAUACAACGCAGAAUGAGUUUGAUACUACCGGUGAGGAGAACAUUAAAAAGACUAAUUUACCGAAAUUCGCUGACGCUUUUGCUAAUAUUUGCAAUUUACCAUGGGUAACUCAGAUGCAAGAGAAUGACCAAAAGGAAAAAAACCAACUUUGUAUGGAUAACAUUCAAGAAACAAUUUCGGAUUUCCCAGAUGAGUUUGGAUUUCAAAAUCUCUACAACAAUACUGAAGAGAACAAUGAAGCUAUGCAGCUGUUGGAAUCAUACCUGGACUCUCCGGAAGAUGAUGUGCAGAAUGUAUUGGAAGAUUUUGAAACUGUACAGUGUGUGAUAUGUUCUCGGUCUGGAACCAAGAAUUUAUUAGAAGGGCACAUUAAAGAGAAACAUCCAACAAGGAUACACAAAGAUUGCGGCGGUGAAUGGAUGCUGAAAUACAACCUUGGUCAUCUCACCUGUCUGCAGAUCUGGUGCAGCGAAGUGUUGCAGCAAGACACCUUGUUGUAUCUACUCAGUGUCAAGUAUCAAGAUCCUGAUUACUGUAUGGCUACAUUAUCUAUAUUAUCAACAAAACCGUUAAUAAAAAAGUACGGUUCAAUAACUUUGUACAACAGUUUGACAGGCGAGCCGCAUACAUGGGAAGGGCAAUUAGAACCCUUUUCCACUAAUCUACCUUAUUAUAAUGAAAAUAAAGGUUUAAAGAUUAAAUUGGAAAAAUUAAAUUUACUACCAAACAGUGCUAAUUUAAAAUUAAUUAACAGAGAGUUAGUUAAUAGUUCCUUAAGUAAAGUAAUCGUUGGACAACCUGAGUUAAAUAUUAUUAAUUUAAUGUUUUUUGUUAGU